CCCCCCCCCCCCAGUUUUGGGAUCAUUGCCAGUUCCUGAUAUCAUCGUCAUGGCAUCAAUGGAAUGGUAUUAACUAACAUUGUCAUGUCAGCGGAAAGAAGAAAAUACUGUUAGGGACCUUGAUCAUCUUUCAUGUUGUGUGAUUUCCAUCCACUGUAAACUCCAUCAUUCAACCCUCUCUCCAUUGUCUUCCUUUUUAUAUCAUACUCAGCCAUUACCGUCAUCAUGAAAACCGCUUCACAACCUUCAGCUCCCCAUAACGCAACAAGCAAAGUAAAGCGGCUCGUCGGCAAAAUUCGCCGCCACUCACAUCCUCCAUCCCCCGAAGCUUCCUCAACAUCUCCCUCAUCAUCUGCAAAUCCAUCUCGAGAAUCUUCAUCAUGUCCUAUUCCACAUAUCGGCAAACAUAGUCAACGCCAGAGUCGCCGCGGAUCAGCCUCAGAGGAGGAAGAGCGCGCGCAUGACCUUGAACUCUGGAACGCAGCAUAUGAUGUCCUUAAAAGAGAUGGCACGUCUUCGGGUCUUGUGCUCGCGUAUGAGAGCAUUAUUUCUCAUGCACUUCCUGAUGCUUUGAGGCCGGGACAUAACGGGAAUGGGAAUGGGCUGCCGACGGAAAAUGAGAGGAGAGCGGAGCUUAUGAUGAUGAUUACAAAGUCUGGUUUAAACCGUGAAGUUAAGGAGACUUCACAAACAGACUCAGGCGAUGUCGAAGCAAGAGAAAAUCUGAUUCAAACAAGGUUGACUAUAGCUUCAUUACUCGAUGACCAGCCCAGUGCCGCUGUCGCAUGGGCGGGCUUCUGCUCACUAACACCACUUCUACUAGAACCCCUUCUUAGACACGAAGAUAUCCGCCAGGGUUUUGUGCAUAUUGCACACACCAUUCCUCACUACAUGACCCUACAUCGCACCCUACAUCCAUCAUCCUGGACAUCACUACCAGAGUUCCAACGUCAACAGCCGCAAGUCCAUCAAACUCUUCUAACACUUUACCGACGCAUCCUCGAAUACGAGAUGAACAUUGUCUGCGCCGCUGCGAGCGCCUGGAACAUGGCUGCUCGCAACGUCGUCGAUUGGCAUGGCUGGAAGGCUAUGGCUGAUGCUGUGCGAGACAUGGAUGCUGAGUUGAUGGGCUACGUCGAGAAGAACGGCACAGAUGAAGCUAGAGUGUUGAUGGAGGUUCAGAGGAAGUUGGUACCUGAAGGAGGAGGGCGUGGUGAGUUACAAGACGAUACUUCACCUCGAAAUGCGUAAGAAUAUAAGAGAAGUCAACAGUGAAGGGAAUCACUACAAACAGGAUCAUAUUUUAUAA